AAAGGGUGUUGGGUUUUUUUGUCCUGGUUUAUUUCUUUUGGAUUUUGCCUGAUAUAGUUGCACAGACUAACACAGCUGUUUCUUCUAAAAUUACUUAAAAGCUGUAAGGGAAAGUAUUAUGCACAUGUCAAAGGCACAAUUUUAUUUGAUGUGCUUCAAAGCUGAUUAUUGACAGGGUUGGUUUCUAGGGUUGGUUCUUAUCAAACUGCCUUUGGUAUGUACUUGUGUGCACCUAGCCUAUAUAUCUUUAUCUUGUCACUGCUAGUCUUGCUUUCUGCACUGGGGGAAAGCCAAGAGCUACAGCCAUUUGGGGAUGCUGUAGGUGUAACAGGUCUCAAGAUACUCUUUUUCCUUAGAGUACUGAGGAUUUUACAAGGAUUUUCAAGGAACAAUAUAUUGUAAGAACCUUUGGUUUACCCCACACCGAUAGGUGACGUUCAGAAUUCUGCAAAGUGUGGACUGUAAUCCUCUCUAAUAUAAUUUAGGAAUCUUGGAGUUCACUAUUAAUAUAGAUAUCGUAGUAAUAAUCCUUUUAUGUCAAGCCAAUUUUGACAUAUUCAACCAUUUUUAGGGUUCUCCAGAUAGAGACUAUUCAGAAGUGGUUUAGCAUUCCCUUCUUCUGAGGAUGCUCUUGGACUGUGUAGCUUGUCCAAGGCCAUACAAGGUGGUUGUACUCACAACAGCCACAACGGGGAACUAAACUUACAACCUUUAGCUCCACAGCCAGAUACGUAAACUACUGAGCUAUCCAGCCAGCUUUUCAUAUAAAAAGGAUGCAGCAUACUGAGAAUCAGUGAGAAUUUGAUGCAAUCCGUGUUAGGCCAAACAAAGCCAAUUGGGUCUUUUGUCCCUUUGCUGGAAAAGAAAUUACUCCUGUUAGAUGAGCUCUGCCUUUGGUUCUAAUUCUGUGACUGCACAAAGAAUGUAGUACUUUCCUGUGAAAAGACUUGUGUUUAAAGAGCAACCUUGGGAUCCUAUAUUUAAAGGAUACUGCAGGGCACAGUUAUACAUUCUACAAUUAUACAGUGUACAUCUAAGUCUGUUCACUUCGAGGUAAACCUGAAUGGGUUUAUUGGAUUUACUAUGUCUGACAAAAAAGAGAUUAUGACUAGAGCUAGCUGUAUAGAGACUCUGCUGUCUGGAAAAAGAUAUCAAGAUAUUGGAAAUCAUCUUGCUUAUCUUGAAACUGUUGAUGUAACUGUUGACAAUCUUCAGGAAACAGAUAUUGCCGAAGCUGUAUUCAGAAUUCUCAAAAACUGUCCAUCUAUGGUACUGAAAAAUAAGGCAAAGCAUUUACUGUCAAGGUGGAAAACACUUUAUAAGAAUCAUUGCAAUCAAUCAAUACAAGAAAAACAAGUGCCUGACAAUGCAAAAGAAGAUUUGAAUCACCUUCAAAUAGUCUCUGAAGAUAUAAACUCUUCUGAAAAACUGAAUCAGCAUGAAAAAUCAAGUCCUGCCAGUUCCAGCAGUUGGCUGCCUUCAGAAAACCAUUCAAACAAUGCUGAAAGUCAUGUGCAAAAGGAUCAAGCAAAUCUACAGUUACUGAGUCAGUCUGGUUGUGUUAAUGAAACAAACUUACAGCAGCAUCAUGCCUUGGCUUUGAGAUUUAAAUGCACAAAACUUCUUUACGAAGCUUUGAUUGACUCUGCAACAAGUACUGAAGAUAGCGAAAAGCAUCGCAAAAUAGCUGAGGAAAUUGAACAGCACAUCUUUGCACUUUAUGCUAAAAAUGACAGGAAAUACAAAAAUUGCAUCCGAAGCAAAGUUUCUAAUUUGAAGAAUCCUAAAAAUUCUCACUUAAAACAUAAUCUGUUUAUAGGAGUUCUCAGUCCUGAGACAUUUGCUGGAAUGUCUGCCAUGGAAAUGGCAUAUGAUGAACUGAAGCAGCUCAGGGCUUCAUAUACUGAAUCAGCAGUUCGGGAGCAUCAGCUUCCCCAAAAUAUCAGUGGUUCACAUACAAACAAAAUAAAAUGCAGACACUGUGAAAAAUUUGAUUGCACUGUUACUGUGAUUGCAAGGGGAGCUCUCUUCCUUCCUGGUUGGGUGCGAAGUACAAAUCCAGAUGAACAAAUGAUGACGUAUGUAAUUUGUAAUGAAUGUGGAGAGCAGUGGUACCACAGCAGGUGGAAUUGUUUAUGAUCAUGUAUUCUCUAGUAAAUUUGUCUUUUGAGAUCUUAAAUAUAAAAUUUCAGAUUCCCUAAGUAAGGUAUCUGACUAUACAAAUGCACACUAUAGCACAAU